AUGGCUCCCACAGCGCUGGCACUCGACACCAGACGUGGAUCGCAGCAGUCCAAAGAUGCCGCGACGAGAUCAUACCUCCUCAGAGCCGGCUUCGGCGUUUCCGGGAGCGAUGAGAAUCCGCUCGUUCAAGCGAUGUGCAAGGCUACUCAGCAGUCGGCGGUCGCCCAGGGCUGGCAACGUGAAGAUGCGAGAAACAUACUGAUAAAAGAGAAUGCAGACAAAGAAGUAAAGCAGCACCAACAGCGCUUCCUGGAUGCCCUUCAAACAUACCAAGAUAAUGCAAAGGAAGAGUACAAGACCAAUGUCAAGUUGUCUCUGAACAACAAGCACACUUGGCCAGAAGUAAUGGAAGCCGUUGAAAACAUACAGAAAGCCCGCGCAGGGCGAACAACAGUAUGGGCCAAGGUCAACGAGAAACUUCGAGCGUUCGGCGACAGCAGUCUUGUAUUCCGGCAGUGGUUGGAGAUCUUACCGACACAGAAUGAGUACUUCUCAGUACUGUGUGGCGGAUUCAAGCUGAUCUUUGGGGCCAUCGGCAGGCUCAAAGCUGUUCGCGAGUUCAUUAGUGAUGCACUGAUGGAAUUACCAACGUUACUGUCUUGCGUUGACAAGAACUUGGACGUCUUCGAAGAUGAUCAGCUCUAUGCGUGUGGUCGAAGUCUGAUGAGCAUGACCUUUGAAAGUUUGGAGCUCAUCGUCCGCGAACUCACGAGCUCUGCCGUUAAGAAGAGUUUCCGGGCGUUUCUGAAACAGGACACAUACGCCGAUGAGCUUGAAGCAAGCCUUGAUAGAGUGAGGAAGACUUCGGAUCGGUUCAACAAAAUCGCAGACGUCUGCGCGCAUGGCAAACUUGGUGUCAUCGAGGAGAAUACUGUUGGAAUGAUGACGCAGCUCAGCCUGGAGCACCAGCGAACCAAUUCGGUUGUUGCGAAGGAGGUCAGGGCAGCGGUCCAACAUCUCGAGGGCUACCAGGCCGAACGGGAUAGAGCCAUGAAGCAGAUGGCCGAACAAUUCUACGCAAACAUGCUUUCAAGCUUCAACAGCCAGCUUGACAAGCGUCUGCCGCUUCAAGAGAGGGUGCCAGCUCCGCCAAUGAUCAAGGAGAGCCGCGCGCCUGGCAGAUCCUCUCAAUAUCGACGAGCCGACGUUCGUGCCGCACUGUUGCGUGAGCUGCAAUACGAGCCAGAAGUGCCGGUGGAAGAUCUGGCAACGAGCCUAGAUGCCAUAUGGACCGCUGAUCGUACAGUCCACGACCGUGUUCACUACCUCGUAGCAGAGCUUCAAAUGUCAGAAUGGCUCUCGCAACUGUCUCGGCGGAUACUGCUCAUCGACGAGACAGAAGUUACGAUGCACCGGUCGAUAGCACCCAGUUUCCUCGCUGCUAAAGUGGGAGAGACGGCGUGGGCAAGCAUGCGCAAUGGAGACAAUCCGGAUUACGCCGUGAUUGCCCUCGCCUUCUUCUGUGGAGAGCACAUUCGUCCGAACGAGGAUGCGCUCGCCAGUCACGCCGGCCUCUUACUUAGCAUAACAGGUCAGCUUGUGGCCGCUUACGAAGACCUAGACCCGCGCAAGGCUUUCCGAGAGCUGCAGGCCUUAGAUGACCCGGACAUGGCAAGCCUUUGGCGGAUCUUCGAGGGUCUCGUCCUCCAGCUGCCGGACGAUGUCUUGCUUUAUGUCAUCCUCGACAACGUCUCGGAAUAUGUGUACUCGAAUUGGCGAGAAGAGAUGGAGUACCUGGUGGACCAUAUGAUAGAGCUUGCCAGGCAGCUGAGUGGAAUGUCGACCCGUUGCGUCCUCAAGCUGUUGAUAACGAGCUCGCCCUCGAAUGCUCGAUUGGAGUCCGACCUGGAGCCAGACGAGAUUCUAAGCGUUCCCGGCCACGUGCCAGCGGUUGGGGAGUUUUCUGACUACGCCUGGACUGGCGGGCUGUAG